AUGUCCGCCGCUGUCGAAGCCAAGCCACAGCAAUGGCAAGUCACGGAGCCGUACUUACAUCUCCGGUGCGGGUUAGGCGAGGGCCCGUACUACGAGGAGUCGACUCACAGCCUGCGGUUCGUCGACAUCAAGAAGAAGCGGGUGCAUACCGUGGACCUUGCUAAGAUCCCGUACCCCAACCCGAACCCCAACGUGGAUCCGACGAGCUCGGCCUCCCCCGCCGCCGGCGUCGAGACUAUCCAACUCGACGUCCCCGUGACCGUCACGGCGGAUAUCGAGGGCGUCGACCCGCGCGAGCGCAUCCUCAUCGGCGUCAAGUACGGCCUCGCCGUGUUGGAUCGCCGCUCCGGCGCUUACGAGUAUAUUACGCGGUUCAGCGCCGACAAGGACAACGAGCGCCUGCGCAGCAACGACGGCGCAGUUGAUCCUCAUGGACGCUUCUGGCUCGGUACUAUGUCUGAUUUCGGCUACGACUUGCAGCCCGAAGGCUCCGUGUUCCUCUUCGACGGCACGCGCACGGCGCGGUCCAUGCGGCACCCGGUCACUAUCCCGAACUCGGUCGGCUGGUCCCCGGACGGCAAGACCUUGUACUUCACGCACUCGACCGAGCGCAUCAUCUACGCGUACGACUACGACCAGAGCUCCGGCGAGGUGUCUCGCGAGCGCGCAUUUUACUUGCACGACGGUCCCGGUGAGCCUGAUGGCUUCCGUGUCGAUGUCGAGGGGAACUUAUGGCAGGCUGUUUACGGCGAGAGCCGUGUAUUGAAGAUCUCGCCUGAGGGAAAGCUUAUUGGUGAGAUUAGGCUGCCUACCAAGAACACCACGUGCACCCAGUUCGUCGGUACGGAGCUGUUUAUUACGACGGCGGGAAUGCAGGAGGGUGAGGGAACUCCCGAAGAGGUUGAACUUAGUGGUGCACUAUUUAGGGUUGAUGUCGGUGUUAAGGGGGUGGAUCCUUUCUUAUUCAAGCUGAACAAGGCGGUGGAUCCGGAGUCUUGA